ACAACACUCAUCGCUGAUUUUCUUUUCUAGCCGCCAUUCAAAAGAGUGUGUGUUAAGAGCAUUUUGACAAAAGUUUAUGGGAAAGUGAUCCAAAAGUUAGCAGCAUAUAUAACACAUCACUAUUAGACGCAAGCAGACGGCAACAAUGCCCGAGACAGAGACGAGAAGCACCGGUCAGCGGGGGAGGCCCAGAAAGACAGCCGCUGCUGUGCGAAAAAUCGCACGGCCGUCCCAUGAAGAGGAUGAUCGGAUAGAGACGAGUAGUAAGACGCACGGGAAGUCGCUUAAGGCGAGCGAAGGUGGCCGGGAGCAAAAGCAACAGGAACAGGAGUCGGCGGAUGACGGCGACACGGUCGACGAGGCGGCCGAUCUGGCGAAUGACGAGGACGACGUGGCGGAGGAGGACGAUGCGCCCGAGGACAGCAAUGAGGCGAGCGACGCCGAAGAACAAGUGGAGACGCCGGCGUUUAGCCUGGCCACGCUUGGACUGCAGCGCGUGGGCACUGUGCAGCCGCCGAAGCCGAAGACGCAAAAGCCGCCCAUACUUCCGCUGAAUGCACGUGGCAUGCCCGCCCGGAUACGAAAGCGCAAUCGGCUCUUCUACGACGAGAACAUCAUCAACGAUGACAAACCGUUGCGCGUCAGUUUAGCGCCCAAAAAGAUGUCCACCCGCGGCUCCGGAGACAGUCCCAGCAAACUGCUGACGACUCCCUCGAAAGUGCUCAAGAAGCGAAAGGGCGUCGUCUCCCGUUACAUGCGCUCCAAUGACAGUGCCUCCACCUCAAACUCCAACUCGGGUGCGGAGGCGACGGAAAAGCAGAAGAAGUCCACGCCGGGCAAGCAGCCACUGAGGGCGACGUCCCCAACAGCCGGUGGCAAGGGGCAGCAGCAGCAGCAGCAGCAGAUGCCACAGAUGGCCGGGCACCUGCGACCGGGCCGAGGCGCCACAAGCGGGACAAAGGGCGCUGCGGCGGCGGCAGCUGCGGCUGCGGCUGAGGAUGCAGCGCGAAAGGCCGAGGCGCAGGUGGUGGCCAACAAGCGAUUGGGUCAAAGCAUUGGGCUCCGGUUGCGCAACCUCCUGAAGCUGCCCAAGGCCCACAAAUGGGCGAUUGCCGAGUGGUUCUAUUCGUACAUCGACAAGCCGCUCUUCGACUGCAAGUACGAUUUUAUGAACAAUGUCAACGAGCUGGCUCCACGGCUUGGCACGCGCAAGCUGAAUCGCCACGAAUGGGUCAACAUCAGGAGGCGCAUGGGCCGACCCAGACGCUGCUCGUCGGCGUUCUUCAGCGAGGAGCGGCGGGAGCUGGAGCGCAAGCGUCAGCUGAUGCGCACGCUGCAAUCGUGCAAGUCCGGCGACCUGAAGGACACCGUGCUGAUAGCGGAUAUGCCAGAGAAGAUCCCAAUGCCGUUGCCAUUGGGCACCAAGGUGACGGCCCGAUUGCGGACGCCACAGGACGGCAUCUUUGCCGGCACGGUGGCUGCCUACGAUUCGCUGAAUGCCAUGUACCGGGUGACGUUCGAGCGGCCUGGAUUGGGCACGCAGUCGAUACCGGACUAUGAGAUUGUGUCGGAGAACUUUCACGAGAUGCUGCCGUUGCACAGCUUCACCAAAGACUUCCGGCCCAACUUGAUGAGUAUCUACCAGACCAACAACAUGGGCUACACCACCGACCUGGGCUUCACCACCAACUUGGCCAGCAGUAAACGUCUCCCGCUGGUCGCUUCGGCCGGCAAUGUCAGCAGCAGCAGCAACAACUCCUCGACUCCCCAAAAGAAUCUGGUCAACAACAAUGCGGCGGCACGAAAUGCUCUCAGCAUGAAGCUAAACAAGAGUGAUCCGCUCUUGGGGCAGGACGCGAUUGGGGAAAGUCCAAUUAGGAUGCAGCUGGUGCGACAUGGCUAUCCGCCCAAGCUGCUCGAGCAUCUGGUUCUGCUCCAGAACUUUAUUGCCCUGAAGGAGUCCAAAAUUCAGCGGCUGGCUGAGAUGAAUGCCACCGCAGAGCUUGCCAUGGGUGAACUGAUGGGCCAGGACGAGGCCAUCGCCGACCAUAGUCGCCGUCAGCUGCGCGAUGACUUUCAGCGUCGAUAUGCCUCGAAUAUCAUAGCGAUCGAGCGCAUCAACGGGGAUCUCAUGUACGAGCUGACCAGGGUGCAGGAGCUGUCGAACAGCCUCACACGGGAUCCAAAUGUCCAGGCCAUGAUAUCGCCGACGCUGCUGCGCGAGGAAUGCCGGGCCAAGGCCAGCCAGACGGUCGACGAGUUGAACAAGGGCGUGGUGAAGAGCGAGCGGAUGAUCGCUCUGCUCAAGAAUCUGACCACAUUGCUGAUUGUCAUACAGAACUUGGACAGCGACUGCGAUGCGGCCGAGGUGCACAAGGUGCUCGAGGGGUGCAUCGAGGAGGUGCGCAGCAAUCUCAUCUGCAGUGCCAACAGCGAGGUGUUCCAGAAGAACGUGCAGCUGCGACUCGAAUUUAUUGCCCAGGACAUCAAUCGCAAUAUUGAGGAGCGCAGCUUUAGCCAAGGAUCCGUCAAGUCACCAAAGUCCGAGUUGGGUAAGAUGGGCAGCAGCUCCAAGCGAACAGCCGGGGACAAGGACCGCAAGGAGAAGAAAUCGACAAAAGAAGCCAAGGAGAAAGAUAGCAAAUCCAUGCUGCUGGAGGAGUCGGACGUGGAACCCAUGGAUGUUGACAGUGAAUCCGAUGACGAUGACGAGCCCAAUGACGAUCGGGCGGAGCAAAAAAAGGGCAAUAACCGUGAUGUGGAUGGUGCGAAUGCUGAUGCGAAUGCUAGCGUCAAAGUGAAUGCAAAUAUGAAAGUGAAUGUGAAUGCUAACGAGGAUGCGAAUGGGGAUUCGCAUACGGAUGCCGAGGCAGAUGCAGAAGGAGACGCUUCGGAUGCGGUGGACAAGAUCGAUGACGAUGAUGCUUCUGGGACGGAAGAUGCCGAAAAUACCGACGACGGUGCCGAUGAUUCGCAAAUAACGAUCGAGUCGGCGAAGGAGUCAGAAGAUGAGACUCAAUCGAAUGACGACAAGGAUGAGAAAGAUGACGAUAAGUUGGAUGAAGAUAUCAUUCAGGAAGUGGGCACUGGCUGCGAGGAAUCCGAGGAUGAGUUCCAAUUCGAGAAGUAACGAGAAGCAUCCGGGAGCGA